UUGUUGCGUACAAAUUUGACAAGGAGUGCACCUAACAGGUAAACUAUUGCAUACUGAUAAUCUCUUUCACUCCAGACAGGGACAAGUGUUGACGCACCAACAAUCAAUUCCAUUUCAGCAAAAUGAUUGUACUUAUAUUGUCCUGUAUCUUGAUCUGUGUCAAUGCUUGUUCCCUACAAGCAGGAAGUGAUGCCGAGGCCAGAUAUGUGUUCCACCUUGCCGACAUAGAUCAUAAUUACAGACUAUCGCUCUCGGAGUUUCGACACGUUUUCUUCGAAUUUGACAGAAAUCACGACAAGUCUCUAACCAGUGAUGAGUUCCUUUUGGAUUGGCAAGAGCGCUGCCUGGGCUCGUCCUUGGAAGGUGUGAUCCUUUUUCACCACCUGGACGUAGACAGAAACGGACAUAUCGAGGAUACCGAUAUACCCUGGGUUAUGAACUAUUUUGACGGAAAUUUGGAUGGAGUUGUAGGACAAGCAGAAUUUGUCACCACCUGGCUGAAACUAAUCAGAUCUCCUCAUGGCCGCCGAUAGAGACUACUAACCUACUUCUUUACCUGAUCUGUAUCAUAAAAUUUUUAAUUGUUCAUUAAAUCUAAAAUGGUU